AGUCGGCGUUCGGCAGUCAAAGUUGAUGUCGGACUCCUGCCGGCAGCAUGGCGACAUGGGAGUAUAAGGUGAUCAACACGCCGGCUUUAUAGGAAAUGUCACUGCAAUGCGUUGUUCUUCCAUCUUCCGUGGGUCGUAACAACUCAGUCCAUUCUUUUCUAGCACUUUGGCAAAUCUGCCUUUCCGUUCCUUAUUUCAUUCCUCGCCCAAUAUGCGGUGCUCAACUUUCCUCGCCCUGGCUGCGUCAGUCUCCGGCGUGUCCGCUCAUUACUUCUUCCCCCACCUCAUCGUCAACGGCAACUUCACCGGCUAUAACGAAUACGUCCGCGACAACAGCGCGGGCUACAUGCCCUUCAAGAACGGCUACGGCAGCACCGACCUCCGUUGCCGGACCGGCUCGAUGGAGCACGCCGCCACCACGGGUGUCUACCAGGUCAAGGCGGGCGACGAAGUGGGCUUCGGCCUCAACUUUGGCGGCAUGAUUCAGCACCCGGGUCCCAUGCAGGCCUACCUCUCCAGAGCACCGGGCGACGUGCGCGAGUACGACGGCUCCGGUGACUGGUUCAAGAUUUAUGAGCUCGGGCCAAAGUCCUUUUCCAGCGAGGGUAUCGAAUGGGGCGUCACCAAUGUUGGGAAUUUUACGUUCAAGUUGCCCGAGGAGACGCCUGCUGGGCAGUACCUUUUGCGAAUCGAGCACAUUGGCGUUCACGGAGCCGGUGACUUUGGUGGUGCCGAGUUCUACUUCAACUGCGCGCAGAUCGAAGUUGAGAGCGACAGUACCGCCGUUCCCGGCCCGACUGUCAAGAUUCCAGGAUUGUAUGACGGCCAUGAGCCCGGUAUCGAGUUCUACAUGUAUCGUCCGUGGAUCGUCAAUUUCACGAUGCCGGGGCCGGCUAGAUGGCCCCAAGCUCUCGUGGAGAACGUUACCGCAGAGGGUGUUAGCGUGGCUCCGACAGCCACCCCUUGGACACUCCCGGCAGUCACGUCCACAGUUGGGGGACAGGACAUUUCGUCCUCAGCGGCGGUAGUCGUGCCCACAAGCCUUGCCUCCGCGGCAGUGCCUUCUGCCAACACGACGUACUCGUACGCAUCUACGACUGCGGUUGGCGCAAGUGGAUCAGCGGCCCCGAAGAGCGAGAUCAGCGAGUUGGUGGUGUCAACCGUCAGCUCAGCCGCGACUUUGAGUGCAACGGCUGUACCUUUCACCACCACUUCCAAGAAGUCUCGAUGCCCACCACGAAGCACAGUGAUCAGCACGGUUUACGUUACUGCAAGCGCUUGAUCCCAUCUCAGAGAGUUGAAUUUCUUCAUCUGCUCUUUAUGUCUAUGAUGACACAUGAGCCAUGCGAUGCUGGGAGUUGCAAAAGACAAAGUACCCUCUGCAGCCUAGUUGCCGCGCUACCGGACGUAGACACUGGACGUCAAUGAUGUGCCUGGGCUCGCUGCAAAGGCCUUGAAGACCAAAGCUCGAAAAUGUGCUACAAUUCGUUUCAUUUCCACUUCUGAAUGUAUUAUUAUACUUUUUUCCAUCAAAAAUCAAGCCCUUACUAAGAGACCUAGAUGCCACUGAUAAGCAGU